AUGGCUGGCAUUCCACGCGCAUUGCGACAGUCAGCGCCGGCACUUCUUAUUUCUCGUCACUGGGCGGUAUCAACAUCUGCCAUCUCCAGACCUUCGUUAAAGCUCUCACUGGGAGUUAGGAUAAUAGCAGGGCACGGUAUCCGUAAUCUCUCCUACUCCAAGAAUUGCCGCUCCCAAGACCUCCCAACAGUCACCCGGGGCGAAUCCAAGCUGUAUGCCAGCGCCGACGAUGCUGUAGCAGAUAUUCAGAGCGGAUCUGUUAUCUUGAGUUCUGGCUUUGGUUUGUGCGGUGUAGCAGAAACCCUCAUUGAGGCAAUUCGAAAAAGAGGCCCAGAAUCUCUCCACUCCCUAACCGCGGUAUCCAACAACGCGGGCGCCGAAGGUCGCGGAGGCCUGGCUCUCCUCAUCGAGUCUGGCCAGAUCGAUCGCAUGAUCAUGUCCCAUCUAGGAUCCAACAAGAUUCUCGAAAAGAAGUACCUCACUGGAAAAAUCGCUGUUGAGCUAUGUCCCCAGGGGACAAUAGCCGAGAGGAUACGAGCUGCCGGUAGUGGCAUUCCGGCCUUCUUUACACCUACUGGCGGGCGCACGUUCAUCCAACAAGGCGAGAUUCCCGUUCGCCAUGACGCCGACGGAAACGUGGUCGAGUACGGCAAGCCCAGGGAAACAAGGAUCUUCAACGGCCGACCGUUCCUAAUGGAAACCGCUUUACCAGGCGACGUAGCCAUCCUGCGCGCAUGGAAGGUUGACAAAGCCGGAAACUGCGUCUUCCGCUACACGGCCAAGGGCUUUGCGCCGUUAAUGGCUAAGGCCGCAAAGGUGGCCAUCGUCGAGGCGGAGAACAUUGUUGAGGUUGGCGAGAUCGACCCCAACUACGUGGACCUUGCUGGCAUUUUCAUCGACCGUAUCGUACCGGCUACGAAACCAUCUCAGGUUGAGGUUCUCAAGACGCGGUCGCCAGAGGAUGGUAAUGAUGGAAAGCAGGCAAAGACGACACCCCAGUCAGGGGGCUCGGAUGCGCAGGAACGGAGGAACAGGAUCGCUAGGCGUGCGGCGAAGGAGCUGAAGCAUGGAUCCUAUGUCAAUCUUGGUGUUGGUAUCCCAACGCUGGCUCCAGAGUUUUUGCCGCCUAGACAGCAGGUUUGGAUUCAGUCCGAAAACGGCAUCCUGGGGAUGGGUGCGUACCCCUUGCCCGACGAAGUUGAUCCCGACAUCGUCAACGCCGGUAAAGAAAGCGUCACCCUCGUCCCUGGCGCCGCCACCUUUGACAGCUCCGAAUCCUUCUCCAUGAUCCGCGGCGGCCACGUCGACGUCUCCAUCCUCGGAGCCCUGCAGGUUAGCGCGGCCGGCGACCUUGCCAACUACAUGAUUCCCGGCAAGAUGUUCAAGGGAAUGGGCGGUGCCAUGGACCUGGUGUCUAACCCGGACAACACCAAGAUCGUGGUGGCUACCGAGCACGUUGCCAAGGACGGGUCGUCCAAGGUGGUGCAGACCUGCAGCUUGCCGUUGACGGGUGCGAGGGUCGUCAGCACCAUCAUCACCGAUCUGUGCGUAUUUGAGGUUGACCGCAAAAAGGGCACGCUCACCUUGACGGAGAUUGCACCAGGGGUGGAUGUGGAGGAAGUAAAGAGAAAGACGGAUGCGGCCUUUUCGGUGGCGGAUGACUUGAAGACGAUGGAGUAA